UUAACUAAAAUUAUAUAAAAUUCGGUUUAUUGAUGAUUACGGCUCAUAUAUUUGGCCGAUCAUAAAAUAAUUAAAAUAUUAGGUAACUUUCCGUGUUUGUUUAGUGGCUAUUUGUUCGGAGUGAAACGCUUUUUAAAGCUACUUCGCUAUAAGUCAAGUUUCACUUAUUUGCUUAAGCACAACCCAAAUACACGUCCGUAGUUAGAAACCCGCGAUCUUAAUAAUAUGGUGAUCGCAUUAUUGAUAAUAUGGAGUGGUGUGGUUUUAUUUUGGUAUUGGUAUAAUCGACGGCACUUAGUGAAAUUGGGGAGUCAAAUUCCUGGACCAGUCGCGUACCCCCUUAUCGGCAAUGGAUUAACGUUUUGGGGCAAACCAGAAGAAGUGUUUAAAAAACUUCGAGAAAUAUUUACCAUGUACUCGAGACUGGUGGCAAUUUGGUUGGGUCCGAAGUUACACGUAGCCCUCUUCGACGCUAAUGAUGUCGAAGUGGUUCUUAAAUCGAAGGCGGUUGAAAAGGCCGAGGAAUAUAAGUUCCUAAAGCCGUGGCUGGGCGACAGUCUUUUGAUAAGUACAGGAAGUAAGUUUAAACGUAACAAGAAGCUGAUAAUGCCGUCCUUCCAUGUUAAUAAUUUAAAACGAUUUUUGGACGUUUUCAAUGAUCACGCACUGGUGCUGGUGGAAUCGUUACGUGAAAAAGUUGGCGAAGGCGAAUUCGACAUACAAUCUUAUUUGAGUACAUGCACAAUCAACGUUCUACUAGAAACUGUAAUGGGCAUUAACAAAGAAACCCUGGGAGACCAAGCCACCAAAUAUUCACAUUAUGUUCACAAGCUAUCAGGUUUGGCCCACAUGAGGGUGUAUAAAUUUUGGUUGCGUCCCGAUAUCAUAUUUCGAUUUUCUAAAGUAAGAAGAGAGCAAGAUAAAUACAUAGAGAUAAUUCACGGAUUAACUGAAAAAGUAAUACAGGAACGCAAGAAGAGAUGGUACGAAUCGAAAUUGCGAGAUGAUGAAGGAGAAGAAAAAUGGACGGUGUUUAUGGAUAGCUUAUUAGGAGCAAAAGAUGAAAACGGAGUUGGAUUAACGGACGAAGAUAUAAAGGCCGAAGUAAUGACCAUGAUGUUCGCCGGUCAAGAUACAACCACCACCACUCUAGGAUUCACUCUUAGCCUUCUUGGAAUUUAUCAGGAUAUACAGGAUAAAGUAUUGAAGGAGCUGGAUGAAGUGUUUGGCAGUUCUAACAGACCCAUAACCUAUGAUGACAUUUUGAAACUUCAAUAUCUGGAACAAGUAGUACAAGAGACGUUACGACUGUAUCCUCCUAUACCGCUAAUUGCGAAGAAACCUGUUGCCGAUAUACAACUAGAUACCUGCGCAAUACCCGCCGGUUGUACAGUUGGAAUUAUGAUAAUGGGCAUACAAAGGGAUCCGAAGCAGUUUCCAAAUCCGAUGCGAUUUAAUCCAGAUAACUUUCUACCAGAGAACAUCAAAGCACGAAAUCCGUACAGUUACAUGCCGUUCUCGGCUGGAUCAAGGAUGUGUGUCGGUUCCAAAUAUGCCACAAUUUUGAUCAAAGUAAUAUUGGCUAUGAUCCUCAGAUCGUACAGGGUAUCUGCCACACGUAGGGAACGUCAGUUUAAGUUGGCGGGACAGGUGGUUCUAAAACGAUGUGAGGGCUACCUUGUCAGUCUGCAGUUGAAAAGUGACACGCUCAACACAACACCACCUUAAGCAUUUGCUGUGCGCUGGAUGCUAUACUAUUUAAAUCUAGUGAAUUUAACUUGUAGUGUGUAAAUGCAGCAUUGCACGUAAAGUACUAUGCGAUCAAAAAGUAGUUGCUGUGAGUCGCCUUUGGAAUUUUUGUUUACACGGGAAAUCGUACUUGAACUCCCAACGGCGACUCGACAGCAACUCAUUUUUGAUCACCCGUUAUUAAGGCCGUUAAUAUGUUAUAAUAGAUUGUAUACUAUAUUUUAACACAUUUUAUAGACUAGCACAUACUGCUAUUGGUUUUUGUAUCGAUUAACAAAUAAACCUCGGGAACUGUUUUGAAAUUGCAA